GAUCGCGUGACGCACGAACAGUCGCCCGUCGUCGUCCGUUUGCAUUCGUACGUUUUCGUGGCUCGUUAUCGGCCAGCGGAUAACGGCCGGGCUAACUGAUCGGCCGAUAUCCGGGAUCGUCAUCAACAGUCGGUGCGUCAAGUGCGUCGAGUGUGCGCGGAUCCGUUUGCUGUGCACCUGCGUCCGGGUGGAGCCUAACACGAGCACCAAAAUGGCGGCCACGCAUCUCGAUGUCGGCCUUCGCUGUAUCAAGUAUCUACUGUGCGCGGUCAAUUCCCUCUUCGUGUUGACGGGGGUGAUGAUAAUAUCGGUUGGCACGACAAUUUAUGCUGUUUAUGAGAAUUUUUCGCAUUUCUUGGAUUCAAGCUACUUUUCGCCAGCCACGCUUUUGAUCGUGGUCGGAAUAUUCGUCUUUAUAAUUGCUUUCAUGGGAUGCUGCGGUGCGAUUAGGGAAAGUACCUGCAUGGUUCUUGUGUUUGCAGUCUUACUCUCGGUUGUUUUGGUGAUGGAACUUGCCGCAGCUGUUGCUGCAUACAGUCUCCAAGACGGCAUUAAAGGCCUUCUAGCUGAGAAAAUUAAUCUAACGAUGCAUCAAUAUGAAAAAAACAAGGAAGCCACGUUUGCAAUCGAUUUUAUGCAAUCUAGGUUACGUUGUUGUGGAUAUAAUAGCUAUAUGGAUUGGAACAACGUAUCGUUCAACAAAACGUAUAUGGACGUACCUGAUUCUUGCUGUGCAUAUAUAGUAGACGAGAUACCAGAAUUUCCGGAUCGUUGUCAGGGAAAAUAUCAGGAGGGCUGUAUCAGUCGUCUUUCUAUUAUUGUUCACCGCAGUGCAUUAUACAUCGGCACGGGAGCUGUAGCGAUCGGUCUUAUUCAGCUAACGGGAAUUAUGUUUGCGUGUAUGCUUGGCCGAGCUAUCAGACGUCAAAAGACAGAAAGGGAAAGGCGUCGCUGGGAAUUACGAGAAAAUCUCGUGAACGGUUAUGAACCGCUGGGAAAAUCGGAUCCCUUAACUACAUUUCCCGUAGUAUACAUGUCUCCGGAUUACCCAUUGAAAGGCGUUAAAAAAUGUUAACUUUCUAAGACAAAAAUAAAACCAGAUAUAUUUUUAUUCCUAUUGUUCUCAUGAAGAGAAAUUUACAUAAAAACUGACCAAUGAUUCUAUUUUCUAUAAUAUAAAUAUAUAAAAACCUUUAUAUGAAAACAAA